AUGGACGACGACCGCGACGACCGCCAGGGGAGCAGCUCUGCACCCGUCAUCGUCCGCGAAAAGGUCAAGCGCAGCGCCCGAGCCAAGACCUGCGAUGGCGGCAUCGCGCCGUGCGCACGCUGCAAGGCCUCGGGCGCCACCUGCGUGUUCGACAAGCCCGCUUCGGCCGUCGUCGAGGACGCAGGGUUGACGAGGCUCGCCGCCAUCGAGGCGGCCCUGUCAACCAACGAGCGCCGCAUGGACCACGUGUGCCAGCAGAUGGGCGAGAUCCACAACGUUCUGUACGACGUCCUGUCGCGCCUCAAGCACGCCGCACCGCCACCCGCCAACUCGAUGACGAGCCCCGCCGGCAUCCCUUACCCUCCAGGGUCCGCCGCUGCGCACGCCGCCGCCGCACACGCCCACGCACACGCCCACGCCCACCAGCAGGUCUCGCCCGCCGCCCUGUCGACCUCGUCCCAGCCGCACCAUCACGGCACGCCGCCCAUGUACCUGCACGCCGGCGCCGCCCAGUCGGCCUCGCCCGCGAGCGGCCUCCACUCGCUCCCGCUCCACCCGGUCUCGAUGGGCAUCUCGGGCAGCUUCCCCUCGUCGUCGUCCUCGGGCGUCCUCCCGCGCCGAGCGUCGUACCCUCCCCCGGCCGGCGCCGCACCCUCGGCCUCGGGCGACGGCCACAGCACGGCGUCGACGGGCGCCGGCGCGCCCUUCUCGUCCGGCCUCGACGCGCUCGCGAGCCUCGCGUCGGCGGGCAACCCAGGCUCGGGCUCGGGCGCGAGCGCGAGCGCAGCCGACCUCGGCGGCGGCGAGGGCGACGAGGACGCGAGUGCGAGUGGGAGCGCGAGCGAGGGGAGGGACGACACGGAGGAGCGCAAGCCGGCGAGGGACGAGCGCGGUGAGGCGUCGGCGGGUGCGGCGGGUGCGGCGGGCGGCGGGCUUGCGCGGGACGGCGCGACGGGCGAGGGGCGCGCAGAGGGAGCUGGGGCAUCGGCGUCGGCCGUCGCGGGUACGAGUGCGGGUGCGGGCGCGGCGGGGAGGAAGGAGAGCCGCGAGCGGGGCGAACCGCCGCGCAAGCGGAGCAGGAUGAGCGCGGCGGUCACGGGCGGGCCGGCGCCGAAUGCCGGCCUGAGCGUCAACCCCGAGCGGUUCGACGUCGUCGCCAAGGGCUUGAUCGGCGAUACCCAGGCGAGGACGCUCGUAUUGCUAUGGUUGCGCGAGCUCGAGCCUUUCUGCGCCGUCCUCGACGCCGGCUACGACACGUACGAGUCGCUGCGCCGGCGCUCGCCGUUCCUCUUCAACACGGUCAUCUACACGGCGCUGCGUAUGAGCGAGCGCAACGGCACGCCGAGCAAGGAGCUGCUGGCCGCUGCCGAGGAGACGAGGCGGUUCGCGCGCGACUCGGUGUUCGAGAACAACCCGGACCUCGAGGUCGUUCAGGCGAUGCUCAUCAUGGCGUGCUACCACCAGGAGCCGUACGUCCUGUCGGGCAUGAGCUUGCGCCUCGCCCUCUCGGCCCGCAUGGAAACGUCGAUCGAGCAGCUCGAGGCGCACGGCUGGCAGGCCACGGACGACAAGGCGCGCCGGCUCACGGCCCAGCUCCGCACGUGGAUCUACGCCGUUCAGCUCGAGAACCAGCACUCGCGCAACCUCGGCCGCAUGAACCUCAUCGACGAGCGCGACCUCGACGCCCUCGUCGCCCAGGCCGACCGCGCCCUGUCGCUCCCGUUCGCGCAGGGCAGCGACUACCGUCACGUCGGAAACCUGCGCCUGAGCGCCAUUGUCCGCAAGAUCAUGCAGGAGACGGCCGUGCUCGCCGACAAGGCGACGCCGUUCGACGAGCAGGUCGCCUACGUCAGCGAGAAGAAGCAGAUCCUGCACGACUGGUACGCGCACUACGACAACCUCAUCGCCUCGUGGGAGCCGUCGACCCUGGCGUGGCCGCGCAAGUCGCACCUGCGCAUGUGGCACGACGCGCAGCUCACGCUCCUUGUGUCCGUCUUCCGCAACUCGCUCCUCGACCGGCCCGAGACGGCGACGUACGAGCACACCCAGAUCGUCCUCGACGCGCUCCAGCACGCGCGCAUGGCGCUCCAGCAGGUGCUCGGCUCGGCCGUGUACCGCAUGGGCACGCAGUGGAGCGGGUACCUCCUGCGCGUCGACCUGUCGUUCGCCGCCGUGUUCCUCCUCAAGUCGGCCGCGGCGUGGCCCCACCUCGUCGACCGCGACGAGGUCGCCAAGGACGUCGCGCUCCUCGCCAACAUGCUGUCGGACGUCGCGGGCUCGGCCAAAUACGGCGCGUGCCUGAGAGCCGCCAGGGCGCAAUUCCUCGCCCGUACAGCCCCGACCCCCAUCGGCAACGUCAUGUCGUCGGCGCCGUCGGGCGUGCCCCUCCCUCACGCCUCUACCGCCCUCGCCGCAUCUUCUCCAACGUCUUCCUCCCUGCGCAACAUCCUCGUCCCACCGCUCCCGACCCUCUCGACGCCGCUCUCGACGUUCGCCGCCAACCACGUCCCGCCGUACCCAGCCUCGAUCCCGCUUCCCUCCUCCUCGAUGCCGCCUCCUCGCCCGUCCUCGUCCUCGCCCUCGUUCGCCAACUCCCUCGUACCAGCCUCGACGACACCAAACGGCACGAGCCCGCUCUCGCCCUCGAGCGCAGGCGCGCCAGGUCAGGCGGCGGCGGCGCCACCUUUCGGCGCCCCAACGGCGGCGCUCAUGCCGGGCGAGAUGGAGAUCGACUGGAGCCUCGCCAUCCCGCCGAGCCUGUUCGACGACUCGCUCAUCAUGCAGCACGACUGGACGGCGACGGCCAACUGGCUCGACGGCAUGUGA